AUGCAAUCUUGUUGUAAAAAUGAAAAUAAUGUAGAGAUUCAAAGUAGAAGUAUUGACAUACCAUCACAUAAAAUGGCUUUGUAUAAAUCAGAAUGGCUAAAGAUUUACACUCCUAUUGUAGAACUGGCGAAAAUACAAAUAAGAAUGAAUUUUAUGAAAAAGCAAAUAGACAUUAGAACGUGCCAUUUGACAGAAGAUACAUCUUUUCUGAAUCGAGUUGAACAGUUUCUUAGAGCUAUUAAUAUAGGAUUUAGUAUUGAAGACUCACUUGCUAUUUUAAAAUUUCCAGAUGUUUUUCUUGAUAAUUUUAAUAUUCACGAAGUAAAGAUCUUAAAAAAUUUACAUAUUGAAAGAGCAAUAGGAAGGAUGAUAGGAAGAGAGGGGAAGACAAAAUUGACUAUUGAAUCUCUUUCUAGAUGUAAGUCUCUAAUAAAAGACGCUAAUAUUUUUUUACUUGGUCCAAUUGAAAAUACAAGAAUAGCUAAGGAUUCGUAUUGUAGAUUAAUUAUGGGAUCGCAGCCUGGAACAAUAUAUAAUAGGCUUAGGAAUAUAAGAACUAAGAUUAAAGAUAGUUAUGGAUCUAUUCAGACGAUUUAUAAUGAACUAGAGAAGAAAUAA